AUUCUAGUCGUCACGGUGUCUUUGGUGACUUGUUGUGUUAUGUUGCCCCUCCACCUCCUGCCAUCUGCCCCUCCUCCCUUGACCCCACCGGAGCUCAUAGUUCAACGUUCCAGCAGAGAUUUACAACUAAUACAAGAACACUGAAUCCGUCUUUCUUACAUCCUUCAGCUACAACCUCCACUCCAAGUCUUCUCCAUCUCACCUCCAACAACCAUUCCAACAAGAUGUCUAAAGGUCGCACAGUAACCCUCAACACUGGCGCUAAGAUCCCUCAAUUGGGUUUUGGCACCUGGCAAGCUGAGCCUGGUCAGGUUGAAGCUGCCGUUUACGAGGCCCUCAAGGCGGGUUACAAGCACAUUGAUCUUGCCAAGGUCUACGGCAACCAGAAGGAGAUUGCUGGCGCGUUCAAGAAGGCAUUCGCUGAGGGCGUGAAGCGUGAGGAGCUCUUCAUCACGUCCAAGCUCUGGAAUUCACAGCACCGUCCUGAGCAUGUCGCCGGUGCGCUCGACGACUGUCUCGCGGAGCUAGGCCUCGACUACCUUGACCUCUACCUCGUGCAUUUCCCCGUUGCUUUCGACUCUCCUAGCAAGCCCCACGCUGAGCUGUUCCCCUUGACUGAGGGUGCCAACCAGCCUGAUGGUGACGUAACCAUGCUCGACUCCGUCUCCAUCGUCGACACUUGGACAGCCAUGACCAAGCUUCCAAAGGAGAAGACUCGCGCUGUCGGUGUCUCCAACCACACACAAGAGCACCUCGAGGCUAUCAUCAAGGCCACUGGUGUUACCCCCGCUGUAAACCAGAUCGAGCGUCACCCCAAGCUCAUCCAGCCCAAGCUCAUCGAGUUCGCCAAGUCCAAGAACAUUCACAUUACCGCAUACUCAGCGUUCGGCAACAACUUAGUUGGCGAGCCGCUUCUCUUCACACACCCGGAGAUUGAGAAGAUUGCAAAAGAAGUGGAUGCCACCCCAGCUCAAGUCAUACUGGCCUGGUCUCAGGUUGGUGGCCACAGUGUGAUCCCCAAGUCCGUCACUGCAUCACGCAUCAAGGCAAACUUCCAGGAGAUCGAUCUUUCACAGGCGCAAAUCGACGCCAUCACUGCUAUCGGCGACAACUACAGACGGUACAACAUCCCAUACAUUGCCAACAAGCCGCGCUGGCCGGUGAACAUCUUCGGUGAGCCAGAGGAGAAGGAUGCGCCGCACAAGGUCAUCGUCUAGAUAUUAGACAUGCGAAAACACUAAAUUCACACGGAUCAUAGAUAGAACAUACCUAAGAUAUGAUCAAUAGACAUUUACAAAUCACACACAUGCUGAAUCAAUUCGAGUGAUGACUUAUCUUAUCAAAAGGCGAGAUUCGAUGAAGUGUAUGAUAUGCACUAAGCAGUGUUGGAACGCUCCCG